AUGAAAAAGCUUUACAAUAAAGACAAAGUGCACCCUUCUCCUCCAUCCCCAACCGUCCGCGACCACUUGUCUUUGCUCCCAGCCACGAUUCUCAGCCUCGUCGCCGCCCUUUCUUUCCAAGACAAAGAAGUUCUAGCCUAUCUCAUCUCAUGUUGCAACACCAACAGCAGCAGCGGCUUCUCCGCCGUAACCAUGGUUUAUGAUAAUAAGAAAGAGCAUGAUCCUAGGUUUGAGUGCAAAUGUUUGAGGUGUUACAUGUGUUUCUGGGGACGUUGGGACAAAUCUCCAAACCGUGAACUGAUACAUGAGGUUAUCGAGGCGUACGAGGAAGAGUUGUUGAAGAAACAAGCUAAGAAGAAGAAGAAGAAAAAAGGGAGGAGAAAGAGAGUUGCAGUAGCUGAGAAAGGAUCGGCUAAGGUGAAUAAAUAUGCGAAAAAGAAUUGCCAAAGUGGUGAUGAAGAAAUAAUUAGGGAAGUAGAAUCCGAAAAGGGUUCCAUUAGGAAGAUGGUUCGCUUCAUUGGAGACAGUAUUUGGGGAGUUUUGAGUUUGUAG